UCGUCCCCCCCCCACUUCCCGGGCCACGCUUGAUGAAGGGAUUUGUGGCAAGAGUAAAAAGACAGUCUUGAUGUCUUCUCCACCUUCUCUGCAUGGUGAAGGGGAAAGAGGCAACAUGAAGCCAGCUCAGGGUUGGGAGUCAUUUGAAGAGGUGGCUGUGUAUUUCAGCAAGGAAGAGUGGACCCUGCUGAGCCCACCCCAGAGAGCUCUGUACAAGGACGUCAUGCUGGAGAAUUUUGGGAACGUGGCCUCUCUGGGGCCCCAGAUUUCGAAACCUGAUGUCAUCUCCUGGCUGGAGGAAGAAGAAGAGCCAUUUCUUCUGGGCCCCGAAGAAGAGGAGGGUCUGGAAGGUCGCUGCUUAGAUGGCAUGUGGCAGUCAGCGAAUGAAACAAAAGGACCACCAGUGAUGGAGAAAGAGGAUACAUAUUCAGAUGUCAAAAUGGAAUUUGAAUAUCAUGAUGCACCUAGGAAGGAGACCGGAAAAAUCACAUCUGAAGGGAGGAAUAAUUUCAAUCUAUUAGAGGGGGAUGGCUCCCUACUGCCGAAAACAUACCAAGGAGGUAAUAGCAAUGAGCUCGCUCCAAGCAGGGAGAACAUUCCUGAAACAUCAGAUAUUAUUACUCAGUGGAGCACCUAUAGCAAGAAAAUAUAUAAAUGCCUGGAAUUUGGACAAAGGUUCCCUCAGAGUGGAAGCCAAACUAUGCAUGAAAGGAUUCACACAAAGGUCAAGUUUUACGAAUGUCUGGAGUGUGGGAAAAGCUUCAGUCGGAUUGGAAGCCUUACUUCUCAUCAGAGAAUUCACACAGGGGAGAAACCAUAUAAAUGCCUGGAGUGUGGAACGAGCUUCCGUCACAGUGGACACCUUAUUGUCCAUCAAAGAACUCACACAGGGGAAAAACCAUAUAAAUGCCUGGAGUGUGGUAAAGCCUUCACUCAGAGUGGAAGCCUUACUGUCCAUCAAAGAAUUCAUACAAGACAGAAACCAUAUAAAUGCCUGGAUUGUGGGAAAAGCUUUAAUGAGAGUGGAAGCCUUAGUUCCCAUCAAAGAAUUCACACAGGUGAGAAACCAUAUACAUGCCUGGAGUGUGGAACAAGCUUCAGUCGGAGUGGAAGCCUUUCUUCCCAUCAAAGAAUUCACAUAGGGGAGAAACCAUAUAAAUGCCUGGCAUGUGGGAAAAGCUUCCGUGACAGUAGGCAACUUACUUUCCAUCAAAGAAUUCACACAGGUGAGAAACCAUAUGAAUGCCUGGAGUGUCGAAAAAGCUUCAUUCGGAGUUCACAGCUGACUUCUCAUCAAAGAAGCCACACAGGGGAGAAACCAUAUAAAUGCCCACAGUGUGGGAAAAGGUUCAUUCGGAGUUCACACCUUAUUUCCCAUCAAACAAUUCACACAGGGGAGAAACCAUAUCAAUGCCUGGAGUGUGGAAAAAGCUUCGGUGGGAGUGGUACCUUGAAGUCUCAUCAAAGGAUUCACACAGGUGAGAAACCAUAUCAGUGCCUGGAGUGCAGGAAGAGCUUUAGUCAGAGUUCACACCUUACUUCCCAUCAAAGAAUUCACACAGGGGAGAAACCAUAUCAGUGCCUGGAAUGUGGGAAAAGCUUCAGUCAGAGUUUUAACCUUACUUCCCAUCAAAGAGUUCACACAAGGGUGAAACCAUAUCAAUGCCUGGAAUGUGGGAAAAGCUUCAGUCACCAUGCACGCCUUACUUCCCAUAAAAGAAUUCACACAGGGGAGAAACCAUAUCAGUGUCUGGAGUGUGGGAAAAACUUCAGUGAGAGUAGAACCUUGAAGUGUCAUCAAAGAAUUCACACAGGGGAGAAACCAUAUCAAUGCCUGGAGUGUGGGAAAAGUUUUGCUUGGAGCGACAGUCUUACUUCCCAUCAGAGAAUUCACACAGGAGAGAAACCGUAUAAAUGCCUGGAGUGUGGAAAGAAGUUCAGUCAGAGGUCACACCUUACUGGACAUCAAAGAAUUCACACAAGGGAGAAAACAUAUAAUUGCCUGGAGUGUGGAAAGAGCUUCAGUGGAAGCGGAAGCCUAAGUUUGCAUGAAAGGAUUCACACAAGUGUGAAAACCUGCAAAUGUCUAGAGUGUGGGAAAAGCUUCAGUCAGAGUGGAAGCCUUACUUCCUAUCAGGAAAUUCACACAGGGGAGAAACCACAUAAAUGCCUGGAGUGUGGGAAAAGCUUCACUCAGAGUGGAAGCCUCAUUGUCCAUCAAAGAAUUCACACAGGUGAGAAACCAUACAAAUGUACAGAGUGUGGGAAAAGCUUCAGACUGAGGGACAGCUUUAUUUGCCAUCAAAGAAUUCACACAGGGGAGAAGCCCUAUAGAUGCCUCCAAUGUGGAAAGAGCUUCAGAGUGAGUGGAAAACUUACUUCCCAUCAACGGAUUCAUACAGGUGAGAAACCAUAUAAAUGCCUGGAGUGUGGAACAAGCUUCAGACUGAGGGGCAGCCUUACUUCUCAUCAAAGAAUUCACACAGGGGAGAAACCAUAUAAAUGCUUGGAGUGUGGAAAAAGCUUCAGUGGGAGAGGUGCCUGGAAGGCUCAUCAAAGGAUUCACAAAGGGGAGAAAAGAAUUCACACAGGGGAGAAACUAUAUCAGUGCCUAGAGUGUGGGAAAAGCUUCAGUCAAAGUGGAAGUCUUGCUUCCCAUCAGAGAAUUCACAGAGGGGAGAAACCACAUAAGUGCCUGGAGUGUGGGAAAAGCUUCAAUCGGCCUGGAAAUCUUACUUCUCAUCAAAGGACUCACACAGGGGAGAAACCAUAUCAAUGCCUGGUGUGUGGGAAAAGCUUCAGUGGGCUUAGAAAUCUUACUGCUCAUCAAAGGAUUCACACAGGGGAGAAAUCCUAUAAAUGCGAACAGUGUGGGAAAGGCUUCAUUCGGAGUUCACAACUUAUUUCCCAUCAAAGGAUUCACACAGGGGAGAAACCAUAUAAAUGCCUGCAGUGUGGGAAAAGGUUCAUUCGGCAUUCACAACUUAUUUCCCAUCAAAGGAUUCACACAGGGGAGAAACCAUAUAAAUGCUUGGAGUGUGGAAAAAGCUUCAGUGGGAGAGGUGCCUGGAAGGCUCAUCAAAGGAUUCACAAAGGGGAGAAACCAUAUCAAUGCCUGGAAUGUGGGAAAAGCUUCAGGCAGAGUUCACACCUUACUUACCAUCAAAGAAUUCACACAGGGGAGAAACCAUAUAAAUGCCUGGAAUGUGGGAAAAGCUUCAGGCAGAGUUUUAACCUUACUUCCCAUCAAAGAAUUCAUACAGGGGUGAAACCGUAUCAGUGCCUGGAAUGUGGGAAAAGCUUCAGGCACCAUACACGCCUUACUUCCCAUAAAAGAAUUCACACUGGGGAGAAACCAUAUAUGUGUCUGGAAUGUGGAAAAAGCUUUGGUGACAAUGGAGGCUUGAAGUCUCAUCAAAGAACUCACACAGGGGAGAAACCAUAUCAAUGCCUGGAGUGCAGGAAAACCUUCAGUCAGAGUUCACACCUUACUUCCCAUCAAAGAAUUCACAGAGGGGAGAAACCAUAUAAAUGCCUGGAAUGUGGGAAAAGCUUCAGUCAGAGUUUUAACCUUACUUCCCAUCAAAGUAUUCAUACAGGGGUGAAACCAUAUCAAUGCCUGGAAUGUGGGAAAGGCUUCAGGGACCAUGCACGCCUUACUUCCCAUCAAAGAAUUCACACUGGGGAGAAACCAUAUCAAUGUCUGGAGUGUGGGAAAAGCUUCAGAGACAAUGGAGGGUUGAAGUCUCAUCAAAGAAUUCACACAGGGGAGAAACCAUAUCAGUGCCUGGAGUGUGGGAAACAUUUCGCUUGGAGGGACAGUCUUAUUUCCCAUAAGAGAAUUCACACAGGAGAGAAACCAUAUAAAUGCCUGGAUUGCGGGAAAAGCUUUAGGCAAAAAUAUAUACUAACUUCCCAUCAAAGAAUUCACAAAGGGGAGAAACCGUAUAAAUGCCUUGAAUGUGGAAAAAGGUUCAAUGGGAGUGGGGAUCUUUCUUGCCAUGAAAGAAUUCACACAGGGGAAAAACCAUAUAAAUGCCUGGAAUGUGGGAAAAGCUUUAGUCAGAGUGGAAACCUUGCUUCCCACAAAAGAAUUCACACAGGAGACAAACCAUAUAAAUGCCUGGAGUGUGGAAAAGCCUUCAGCAAGAGUGGAAACCUUGCUUCUCAUCAAAAAGUUCACUCAGGGGAGAAACCAUAUAAAUGCCUGGAGUGUGGGAAAAUGUUAUGUGACCAUAAAAGCCUUACUUACCAUCAAAGAAUUCAUACAGAGGAGAAACCAUAUAAAUGCCUGGAGUGUGGGAAAAGCUUCAGUCAGACUGGAAACCUUACUUGCCAUCGAAGAAUUCACACAGGGGAGAAACCAUAUAAAUGCAAGGAAUGUGGGAAAAGCUUCAGCAAUGGUGGAAACCUUUCUUCUCAUCAGAAAGUUCAUACAGGGGAGAAACCAUAUAAGUGCUUAGAGUGUGGGAAAAGCUUCAGUGGGAGUGGGGACCUUACUUCCCAUCAAAAAAUUCACAGAGGGGAGAAACCAUAUAAAUGCCUGGAGUGUGGGAAAAGCUUCAGUCAGAGCGGAAGCCUUGCUUCUCAUAAAAGGAUUCACACAGGGGAGAAACCAUAUCAAUGCCUGGAGUGCGGGAAAAGCUUCAAUCAGAGUGGAAGUCUUGCUUCCCAUCAAAGAAUUCACACAGGGGAGAAGCCAUAUAAAUGCUUGGAAUGUGGAAAAAGUUUCAGUCGGAGGGAUAGCCUUAUUAGCCAUCAAAGAAUUCACACGGGGGAGAAGCCAUAUAGAUGCCUGCAAUGUGGGAAAUGCUUCAGGCUGAGUAAAAGCCUUACUUCCCAUGAAAGAAUUCACACAGGGGAGAAACCAUAUAAAUGCCUAGAGUGUGGGAAAAGCUUCACACAAGGUGGAAAUUUUCAUGCCCAUGAAAGAAUGCACAGAGGGGAGAAACCUUAUAAAUGUCUAGAGUGUGGGAGAAGUUUCACUGCACAUGGAAGCCUUACUACUCAUCAAAGAAUUCACACAGGGGGAAAACCAUAUAAAUGUCUGGAGUGUGGAAAAAGCUUCCGUCGGAGUGGACAUCUUAAUUCCCAUCAAAGAAUUCACACAGGGGAAAGGCCAUAUAAAUGCCUGGAGUGUGGGAAAAGCUUCAGGGCAAGUGGAAGCUUUGCUUCUCAUCAGAUAAUUCACACAGGAGAGAAACCAUAUAAAUGCCUGGAGUGUGGAAAAAGCUUCAGUCAGAGAGGCAACCUUGCUUCCCAUGAAAGAAUUCACACAGGUGAGAAAUCAUAUAAAUGCCUGGAGUGUGGGAAAAGCUUCCGUCAUAAGUCACAUCUUACUUCCCAUCAAAGGAUUCACACGGGGGAGAGUCCAUAUAAAUGCCUGGAGUGUGGAAAAACCUUCAGUCAGAGGGGAAAACUUACUUCUCAUCAAAGAAUUCACACAGGGGAGAAACCAUAUAAAUGCCUGGAGUGUGGGAAAAGCUUCAGUCAGGGUUCGAACCUUUUUGUCCACCAAAGAAUUCACAGAGGAGAGAAACCAUAUAAAUGCCUGGAUUGUGGGAAAAGAUUCACAGAGAGUGGAAAACUUACUUCCCAUCAAAAGAUUCACACUGGGGAGAAACCAUAUAAAUGCAUGGAGUGUGGGAAAAGUUUCACGGAGAGUGGAAAACUUAUUUCCCAUCAAAGGAUUCACACAGGGGAGAAACUAUAUAAAUGCCUGGAGUGUGGGAAAAGCUUCAGUCAGGGUUCGAACCUUUUUGUCCACCAAAGAAUUCACAGAGGAGAGAAACCAUAUAAAUGCCUGGAUUGUGGGAAAAGAUUCACAGAGAGUGGAAAACUUACUUCCCAUCAAAAGAUUCACACUGGGGAGAAACCAUAUAAAUGCAUGGAGUGUGGGAAAAGUUUCACGGAGAGUGGAAAACUUAUUUCCCAUCAAAGGAUUCACACAGGGGAGAAACUAUAUAAAUGCCUGGAGUGUGGGAAAAGCUUCAGUAAGAAUAUGCUAACUUCCCAUCAAAGAAUGCACAAUGGGGAGAAACCAUAUAAAUGCCCUGAAUGUGGAAAAAGGUUCAGUGGGAGUGGGGCUCUUUCUUGCCACCAAAGAAUUCACACAGGGGAAAAACCAUAUAAAUGCCUGGAAUGUGGGAAAAGUUUUAGUCAGAGUGGAAACCUUGCUUCCCACAAAAGAAUUCACACAGGGGACAAACCAUAUAAAUGCCUGGAGUGUGGAAAAGCCUUCAGCAAGAGUGGAAACCUUGCUACUCAUCAAAAAGUUCACUCAGGGGAGAAACCAUAUAAAUGCCUGGAGUGUGGGAAAAUGUUAAGUGACCAUAAAAGCCUUACUUGCCAUCAAAGAAUUCAUACAGGGGAGAAACCAUAUAAAUGCCUGGAGUGUGGGAAAAGCUUCAGUCAGACUGGAAACCUUACUUGCCAUCGAAGAAUUCACACAGGGGAGAAACCAUAUAAAUGCAUGGAAUGUGGAAAAGGCUUCAGUAAUAGUGGACAGCUUUCUUCUCAUCAGAAAGUUCACACAGGGGAGAAACGAUAUAAAUGCUUAGAGUGUGGGAAAAGCUUCAGAUGGAGUACGGAACUUAUUCCCCAUCAAAGAAUUCACAAAGGGGAGAAACCAUAUAAAUGCCUGGAGUGUGGGAAAAGCUUCACUCAGAGUGGAGGCCUUGUUUGUCAUCAAAGGACUCACACAGGGGAGAAACCUUAUCAGUGCCUAGAGUGUGGAAAAGGCUUCAGUCAGAGAGGAAGUCUUGCUUCCCAUGAAAGAAUUCACACAGGGGAGAAACCAUAUAAAUGUAUAGAAUGUGGGAAAAGCUUCAGGGUAAGGGACAGUCUUACUAGCCAUCAAAGAAUUCACACAGGGGAGAAGCCGUAUAGAUGCCUGAAAUGUGGGAAAAGCUUCAAUCAGAGGGGAAAACUUACUUCUCAUCAAAGGAUUCACACAGGGGAGAAGCCGUAUAGAUGCCUGAAAUGUGGGAAAAGCUUCACACAAGGUGGGAAUUUUCAUGCUCAUAAAAGAAUUCACAGAGGGGAGAAACCUUAUAAAUGCCUAGAGUGUGGGAGAAGCUUCACUGUACGUGGAAACCUUACUUCUCAUCGAAGAAUUCACACAGGAGAGAAACCAUAUUAAUGCCUGGAAUGUGGGAAAAGCUUCAGUCUGAGUGGAAACCUCUUUCCCAUCAACGGAUUCACACAGGGGAGAAACCAAAUAAAUGCCUGGCGUGUGGGAAAAGCAUCAGUACAAGUACCUUACUUCCCAUCAAAGAAUUCACACGGGAAAAACUAUGUAGAUGCCUAUAGAGUAGAAUAAGAAUGCACUCAGGAGUGAAACUAUAUAAAUACCUGGAGUAUGGAAAAACCUUAGGAUAUAGUGGAAACCUUACUUAUAUUCUUUAAGGCAGGGAUGUCAAACAUGUAGCUUGUAGGCUGGAUCCAGCCCCCACAGGGCUCAUAUC